AAAGGGCGUGACGAACGGACCACGUUCAGCACCUUCCAUCGGACUUAAGAGGCCGAACGUUGUAUCAGAUCAUAAGGUUCAACAUCGCAAUUCAAUUCGCCGAAUGCGAUUGCCGAUUUUAAUAGAGACACAGUAUCCCACAACAAUUCCGUGAAAUUCUAGAGUUCUUCUUGUUUUUAUACAAUUACAUGUUCUCUAAACUCAUUCGUCAUGGGAAGGAAGCGCAAGAGCGGAGAGGAGCAGCCCGAAGCCACCCCCACCUCGUCUUCCAAACAGCCAAAACAGCCAAAAGCAAGUAAGGAAGAAGAGAAGGAGGGAAAUGCCCCUCAAUCGCAAAGUAGCAAACAACCCGACAACUUUGAACUAUAUCCGGCCUCCAAAGUUUAUCGUCUGAUAGAACCUGGUCCCGUAUUGCUGGUAUCGACAGGGUCGCUGGCCGAUUCAACACACAAUGUCAUGACAAUAGGUUUCCAUAUGGUCAUGCAACACGAGUCGCCGCCUCUGAUCGGAAUCAGCCUGGGGCCAUGGGACGCUUCCUUCGCAACCCUCAAAAAGCAGCGCGAAUGUGUGCUAGCCGUACCAUCUGUUGAGAUGGCCGACGUGGUCAUUGAUAUAGGUAAUUGUUCUGCGGACGACAACGAGGUCGAGGAGGCUGGCGGCAAGUGGCAACGCUUCGGACUAGAAGCGCUUCCAGCCACGAAAGUUAAGGCGCCUCUGGUCGGUGGUGCUGACGUCAUCGCGAAUAUCGAAUGUGUCGUCGAGGAUACGAGGAUGGUCAGCAAGUACUCUAUGUGGGUUUUAAAACCGGUCAAGGCCUGGAUCAACCCGAAUAAGAAGCCCGGAGAGGGCGGAAAGAUGUUUCAUCAUCGCGGUAACGGAACAUUCGUCGUCGAUGGAGAAAUUCUAGAUUUGAAGGACAGGAUGGUCAAAUGGCAGGAAUACCAAGAUUGAAUCGCCGUUUUAUGAUUGUGCCUAACGGCUUUAUAGUACCGACUACCUAGAUUCGUAACGACGAUCGGCAUUUUAUUUUAAAAGUUUACUGGACAUCCUGCUUCUUCUCUUCUAGUUCGCUUUCGCCUGUACUAGUAGCUACUUCUGUCGCCACUUCGGUCGUCUUUCCGGACUGGUCAUUCUCGCCCUCUUCUUUCGGUUCCUCUUUCGGAUGGUUCCCCUGCGUACCUAAUCGAAUAAAAG